ACUUACCUGCUGUCCUGUGCUCCAGCUUACCGGCGCGAAAGAAAGACGGGACUGCGACGAAUAGGCGGAAGACCGAACACCCUGCGACCCUCUGCCGUCCACGCCGCGCGUCCAGCCGUCCACGCCGCGCGUCCAUCCGUCCACGCCGCACGUCCAGCCGUCCAGCCGUCCAGUCGGUCAAGCCGUUCAGCCGGUCCAGGAGCUACGUCUUCGACCGACGGCCGUCCUUCCUCUCCGCCACUCUGGGCUCUGCCUCCACGGACCAGCUCUGGUGCAGCGCAGAGAUUGAAGGGAAAGGCUUUGAUUCAUAUGAUGACUACACAGAAUACACCCCACCAAAUAUUGCAAUCUCCGGCUAGACUCGGCCUCCCGCCACCAAACUCACCUUCUAUCCAAAACCCCGCCUCUCCUAAACCAUCCAAUAACCAGCUCUCUCAAUCUCACAACCGUCAACACCCAAACAACUUCUCGACCACAACAACCUCUCUAACCCUUCUGUCCCUCCUCCCCCCUCUCCCCAGAGCUCAAUCUCUCCUUACUCAAAUGGCUUCCCUCUCUUCCAGACUCUUUGAAGUUUCACCCAAUCGCACCCAAUGGGUUAGUUCCUUCCGUGGCUCUCUCCCUUCCUUCUUACCUUCUCAUCAAAUUCCGCCACUUGACUCCUUCCCAUCAUCCACAAAACAAACCCUUUCUCUCUUCACUUCCUUACAGUCACAGCUCUUUGAGGCCGUUGCAGAGCUUCAAGAGAUCCUUGACCUUCAAGAUGCAAAGCAGAGGGUUUCCCGGGAAAUUCGUUCAGAAGAUUCCUCCAUUCUCUCUUUUGCCCAGAAGCUUAAGGAAGCGGUCCAAGUUCUGGACAUGCUAGUGGAUGACUACUCCGAAUAUCGCCGCCCAAAACGGGCCAAACUGCCUGAGGAGAACUAUUCGUUAACUACCGUCACUACCAAGCUUAAGCUGUCGGAUAUAUUGUCUUACGCUCACAGAAUCAGCUAUAGUACUUUUGCCCCACCCGAAUAUGGUGCUGGGUCUGGCCCACUCCGUGGGGCGCUUCCACCUGCCCCACAGGAGGAGCAAAUGCGUGCCUCUCAGCUGUAUAACUUUGCCGAUCAUGAUGUAGGUUUGCCCAAAACGGAUGAGCGUAAUGAGAAGAUACUUGAGCCGCUUGUUGACCCGGCUAUGGAGGAAGUCAAUCAUAAGCAACUUCCCAUCCUGUCAAAUAUUGUGGUGCCUGAUGGAUGGGAACCCGGAAUGCCUGUGGUACUGCCCAUUGAUAUACCUCCCCCUCCACCGGGCUGGAAACAGGGAGAUCCGGUUCCCCUUCCUCCGCUUUCACUCACUCAGAAGGUGGAAGGUCCGCCAAUGCAACUACCUGUGGUGGUGCCUCCACAGGUCCCGCCAAAGAUGCCUGAAAUCAUACAGGUUCGGCAUGUGCAGCUUGAUCUUACUGAUGGCAGUAGCGACUACAGCAGUGAUGAUGAAGCCAGCUCUGAUAGUGAAGAUUGAUUUUCAUAUGAACAAAAACAGAAAAGGUGUAUUUAUCUGCUUGUUUCUUCACACUGAGAUAUGGACUAAAAUAACCUUAAAUCUCAUAGUACUUGUCUUAUCAGAUAUGAGUUAUUCUGCUAUUAGCUUUAACCCCAUUUGACUCCAACAUAAAAGGUCCAAUAUAUCUUUGCAUUGAAAAUAU